AUGCCCACUGAAUUAGAGGAGUUAGUUGGGUUUUUGCACCUGCCACAGCCAGCUGUUGUUCAAAUAGCGUUGGACAACUUGGUAGGCUAUUCUUCCGGUCCUCAUCAAAAGGUUUUUGCAUACGAUGACUACAAGAGCAUCACGGAUUUGAAAAAGCUUGCGCAGGAGUCAGGAAAGACCACGGUGAGCCAGGCAGUAACUAUACUAGCGAAUCUCUGUGACGAUGAGACCAUGAGGAGAUUAAUAGUAAAGGACCUCGACUUUCUUAAGUAUUUGGUGUCGUCAAUCAUUAGACUUUCCAACACGGUAACGGACUUGAUGUGCAUCCUACUUGCCAACUUGGCAAAAGAUGAUCAAAUUACAAAAAUCUUCGACAUCAAAGUCCCUCUUGAUGAUGAGGCAAAGAAGACUUUUGCGUCCGAGAAUGCUGUGGAUUGUUUAAUGGAUUGUUUCGUCAAGGGUGCCAAUCGCACGCUAAACAAGUACGCAGAUUUUGACUACUUGGCUUACUUCUUCGCUGACCUCUCCCGAUUUAAGAAGGGCAGAGACUAUUUUGUCACUGAGCAACUGUAUGACAAUGUCGUUCCCAUCUCGAAAUUGUUGGUCUUCACCGAGAAGUACGAUUCUAAAGUCAGACGCGAAGGUGUCGCUUCCACUAUAAAAAACUCACUUUUUGAUGUUGAAAAACACCAGCUUUUAGUUACAGAUGAGAAGAUCAAUUUGUUGCCUUAUCUUUUGUUGCCAAUUGCUGGUCCUGAGGAAAUUGACGAAGAUGACUUGUUCAACCUUCCUGAUGAGCUUCAGCUAUUACCUCCCAAUAAAGAGCGGGAUCCAGUAGACACGGUCAUUUGCACACAUCUCGAAUCUUUGCUUUUAUUGUGCACCACAAGAGCAUUAAGAGAGCAUCUUAGAGAAAAAGCUGUCUAUCCUUUGAUUAGAGAGCUCCACAAAGCUACUAAUAACCAAGACAUUGCUGAUCUCUGUGACAGAUUGGUGCAGCUAUUGAUGAGGGACGAGGCCGAGGAUAAAGCUGACAUGGCUGUCGAAAGUGAUGACGACGAUAAAAUUGUAGAGGUUGUUUGA